UGGCUUUCCCUGGUCACCUCUUGCUCUGCUUGAAACUGUAAGGUGUUCUUGUGAGGUGUUGUAACUUUUGAUAGGACCUUUGAACACUCGUCAUAAGCCAAAGGAACAGCUGAGAGACAGGUUGCAGCAUUUGCACGUGGAGUGGUUUGUGUACGUGAGAGAGGUUGACACUUCCCAUCUGUCAUCACGCCCAGCGCGUUCAUGCAGCCCCGGAUUUGCGCGCCCUCGUCUAGAUACCGGCUUGAGCCGGUAGAGAGCUGCCAAAACAGGCAGGAAAUAACUCACUGAAGACAAAAGAUGCAGCUGGUUGUGAUGGAGCGAAAACAUAAUUAGAGAAAACCCAUAUAACAUGGAAUUUAUUAUUAUUUUUUAUUUUUUAGCGAAGUAGUAGUGACGUAGAUUUCAAAAUAAAAAAAACGCAUUGACUAUGUCUGCCCUCUCCUGCUUGGCAAACAAGCCUACAUGUAAUAACUACAUUAAAGCCAAAAUGAAUUAACUGCGAGAUUGCUGCUCUAAAGGCUGAUGUUCCGACCUGUCUUCUUAACUCUGCCGGCAGUCUGAUAUAGCCAUGAGGGUUCCCAAUUCCAAGGGUUGUUUGGGUCCAAAUAUUUACCCAGAGGUCCCUGAUGGUGGCUGGGGCUGGGCAGUGGCUGCUGCUUUCUUCCUGGUGGAAGUCUGCACGUAUGGGACCCUUAAGAGCCUCGGUGUUUUCCUCCAGGACCUGAUGAAAGACUUUGGGGAGAGCAAUAGCCGAGUGUCAUGGGUCAUCUCCAUCUGUGUCUUCAUCUUUACCUUCACUGCCCCCUUGUCAACCAUUCUUAGUAAUCGUUUCGGCUGUCGUCCGGUGGUGAUGGUGGGAGGCUUCCUCAUCAGCCUGGGAACCAUCACCUCUGCUUUCACCAAGUCCAUCAACGAGAUGUACAUCACAAUAGGCUUUGUCUCAGGCCUCGGCUACUGCCUGACUUUCCUGCCCACUGUCACCAUUCUUGCCCAGUACUUCUCCAAACGUCGAGCCCUUGUCACCUCCGUUGCUUCCACUGGGGAAUCCUUCGCCAUAUUCGCAUUUGCUCCAGCCCUCACUGCACUGAAGGAGCACACAGGCUGGCGAUAUUGUCUGGUUAUCCUUGGCAUCAUGCAGGCCUCUGUGAUUGGCGGUGGACUUUUGCUCCGUCCAAUAAUUAUCAAGCUAGAACCUGUAAAGGAGGACAAUGAAUCUGAAAUUGAGUCUCUCACGUCCAAGCAGCUUCAGAGUGUUUACGAGCUAGAGAAUGAACAAACCAGAACCUCCAUCAGUUCAGGGGACUCCAAGAAGUCAGAGGAUUCUGGUGUCACUUCUCUCUCUGGGUCAAAUGUAGACCUGAGGACUGCAGGGGCUGAUAGCAAGGCACUGAUGGAGUUAGGUAGCAAGGAGAAGAAUGACCGUAUGAAAGAAGAGACCGAUCCUCUCAGACCUUCCAGAACCAAACUUCUGGACUUCUCUGUGCUUAAAGACUGUGCUUUCAUCUGGUACUCCCUUUUUGGCUUGUUUGCCACAUUGGGCUUCUUUGCCCCACAGCUCUACAUUAUUGAACUCAGCAAAAGCAAAGGAGUGGAUCCUAGCCUGGCUUCCUACAUGCUCUCUGUUAUGGCUGUAGCCGAGAUCUUUGGCCGCUUGUCCAUUGGAGUGGUGUUGAACAAAGUCAACUGCAAGAAGACUUUGGUGCUGCUGGGAUGUGUUGUUCUAUUGUGCCUUGUGCUGGUGGCCUUCACUCAAGUGUGGGAGUUCUGGGGGCUAGUGGUCUGCUGCGCCCUCUACGGCUUUUUCAUGGGCACAGUUGCUUCCACUCACAUCCCCAUGCUGGCUGAGGAGGACGUAGUGGGCAUCGAGAAAAUGACCUCAGCUGUAGGAGUGUAUGUUUUCAUCCAGAGCUUUGCUGGGCUGGCAGGGCCGCCGCUAGGAGGUGUGUUGGUAGAUGUUACACAGGACUAUGGUGCUGCCUUCUACUCCUGUGCGGUGGGCAUGGGCCUCAGUGCUGUCUGCCUGGGUCUGGUUGGACCGGCCAAGUCUGGCUUUUGCCAAAAGCAGAGCAGAAACAAAGAUGUAGGGAGGACCAAUGAGGAAGUGGAGCAAAUAACUCAGGACAGUGACCAGCAAGACUUUUUGGAGGUGGACUUGGCCCCGGAAGACAGUCCGUCUAGACAGGCUGUGGACAAGGCUACUGUAAUUUAAACCCCACCACAGCAUGACAUCACCUCACAAACAAGAAUAUGCACCGGGGAGACUGUAGCGUCACCAGGACUAAACCACAACAGCUGCUACCAGGCUCCAAAUCUCAGGUGACACCCUCUGAAUGAAGCAGUCCCUCCUCCAACACCAAAGGCACAUUCAAGCUGAGGACAUGGUGUCACACUAUAACAACGUCACACAGAUUUUUCUGUUUCAGCUGCUAAGUGAAAACCAAAAUGAAGAGAAGACAAUCUCCCUCUAUGCAUUUUUUUGCAUUGAGAAUGAAUUCACUACAGCUAAAGCUAAACUUGAAAAUGUAGUCAUGCAAUUUGUACAUAGGGGUAGUCUAUUAGCUGGUCUUACGCACAUUUUUGUAUUCCCUUACGUUUUAUAUCUUCCACUAUGUUGACUCAACGAUUAUUGCAUCACUUUUAACUGAUCUUAAACAGUAAAUUAAGGAGCUCCAGCUCAUUUUGUGAUACUAGAGGUUUAUGUAUUCAUUUUGCAUGAGCCUCAGAAACUUUACAGUCUUUACUGCUUUGGUUAAAAGCAUUGACUAGUAAUCUGUUAUUGUGUUUUCAUGCUAUACAUUGAAAAACCAUCAUAAUCCAAUGUAAAAGCUUGGUUUACACUGAGUUCCUUUCUGAUACUGUGACUCAUCAAAUUCAGUCACCAUGGACUACCCGCACGUCACCCAUUGGUUUGUGGACUACUGUUCCAAAGCCUACAGUUGGCACUUUGAUCCUCCCAUAUUGUUUUUUUAAGAGCCAAAGUGAUGAUAAACAAGUGAGUAGAUUAUAAACACGUCUUAGCCUCUGUCCUGGUUCAAACUUCACUUUGGUAGCAACUUGUUGAUCAUGGGUAGCAAACCUCAACAAGUGCCCUACUUUUUUGUCUAUUGUACUUGAAAUGGGGUCAUGAUUAACAUAUUGAAAUAGGUGACUUAGGAUUCAACUUAUAACUUAAAUGUUCCUAGACCUAAACACCUCAGACAAAGCCCCAUUUUCUAAGACAUUUUAUUCAGCCGGUGGCGCUGCUUCAAGCCACAAAAGAGAAUGUAGAUUUUAGAACCUUUGCACUUGCGUCUCAUUUAAAAGCAAGGGGCUUUGUUCACUUUUAAUACACAUUCCAUGACCAUGAUGCACAUACGUAUGAAGAAUUAUCUCCCAUUAUCUAUCCUGCUGCCUGAAAUUAAGACCAACCACCACAAGACUUGAAGUUUAGUUCACAGACCUUUCCUUAACCACUGUAUGACCUUUAUUUAUAAAUUGUUUAUAUUGAUAAUUUAGAAUGCCUUUUUCAAUAUAACUUUUUUCAUUUUUUUUAUCUGAUUUAAUGUCUGGCAGGUCCCUACCUAUCACUCUCAUUUUGUAUUUCCUAAAUAAAUAUCCUUGAAUCUCA